AUGGAAGCAACCUCUGCUGCACAUUUUUCAAGCCUCCCUACCUCAGUCCCACGGAUAGGUCAGAUAAGGAGAAUAAGGAAGAAGAGGACACGGGAGGAGAUGUUCACAGAAAUAAUGGCAGUAACCCGCAGUGAAAGAGCUCAUCUGGGGGAGUGGAAAGACGUGGUUGCAAAGUACAGGAAUGCUGCCAGUGAACGUGAGGACAGGAGGGACGCUCGAGAUGAGAUGUGGCGGCAGGAAGAUCAGCGGUGGCAGAAUGGAACGCUGGAGCUGCUGCGCGACCAAACUGACAUCCUCCGAAGUCUGCUGGAAGAGCUGCGGGGUCACAGAGUGCCACUUCAGCCCAUGUUUAAUCUCCCUCAGUACUCACCAUACUCUUGGUACAAAUUUGCCUUUGCUUUCCAGGGAAGACAGUUCUGUGUCACCAGAACCCCACAAGGUUUCCACUACAGUCCUGCUAUCUGCCACCUGCAUGUGAACAAAAUGUGGGACAGCAUGCCUAAUAAGGAUAGCAUCAUACCAUAUGCAGAUGAUAUCCUUAUAAGCACAAAAACUAAGGAAGAAAAUUUAGAAAUAUUUGAUCAAGUGUUACAGAAAAUAAAAGAAACAGAGUUUAAGGCUGCUGAAAUUGUAGCUGUAACAGUAGCACUGGAAAAUAUGCCAACAGAUGAAACUGUUGCUAUUUUCACAGAUCCUGAAUGA